AUGAAACCUAGCAAAGCUUUGUCAGCUUUGCCCCAGCUUAGUGUAAGAGAAAGAAGAACCUCCUGGGUAGUCAAGCAAGUUGGUCUUGAGUUCCAGGUGGAUGAAAAAAGGGAACCACUGGAAAGCAAGAAUAACAAAGACCUAAUCAGUGAAAAAGGAUCCAGGAAGAAGGAGAUCCCAUGAAGCCACAAAAAGGAGGCUGUGCCCGAGAAGCUGGGAACCCUCCUCCCCAGGACCCCUUCAGAGCCCCUUUUGCAGAGAGUGGUUCCUGCCUCGGACAGUGAUGCUCUGGAGUGCCUUGCGGAGGAGCUGUCCCAAGCCAUGUUGCGGCUGGGCCUGGGCAUGGAGAGGGAGCACGCCUUCGACAUCUGCAGCAGCAUGAUGCGGAAGCAGCCAUUUUAUGCAUUCCAAGAGUUUGACCUGCUGCUGGCCAUGACUCCGGAGAUGCGCGCCCUCAUCGGCGACUGGCUGGUGCAAGUGCAUGAAUACUUGGACUUGGCCGAUGAGACGCUCUACCUGCUGAUGAACGCCUACAUGAAAGCGGGCCGGGUGAGAGUGCCCACCUUGCAGCUCCUUGCCAUCACCUGCCUGUUCCUGGCCUGCAAGCUGGAGGAGACCACCUACCCAAAGGUCCAGUACUUGGCCCUGUAUUUCCUGGAGCUCUCCCUGAUGGAGGUGGACUGCAUGCGGUUUGAGCCCUCUCAGCUGCCUCUGGCUGCCUUGGGCCUGGUCCAGUGGCUGCUGUGUGAGGCAGGCGUCAAAGGCCUGGAUCCUCUCCAGGAACGCUCUGCAAAGCUCCACACAUACAGCGAGUCCGAACUGUCUGUGGUGUACCCCCACCUGGCCCAGGCUGCUCUGCGGGGGCCCAGCUCUCCCUUUCGGGCCACCUUCCUGAAGUACUCCCGGCCUGAGAAGCUCUGCAGCAGCAGCAGCAGCCCGGCCAUCACUACCUGGGGAGCCCCACCCAUUUCGGGCCCGUUGCAUGCUGAGAGGGUGUUCCACAGACUGGCCGACGGGAAUCAUCCCUGGGGAUCACGGCUCCCAAGUGGUGGGUGGGCAGCUGCAAGGGAGAAGGGUGCAGGAGGCCAAGCAUCAGGGCCCUCAGGCUCUGACCAGGCUCCAUCUGUGUCUUGCGUUUCAUAG